GAUGACCACCAUGCUUGUGAUUCUUGUACUGAUCAUAUGUUUGACCAGUUCUUUAGGAAAUAAGGUUAGAAAUGAGCUUGAUCCUGAUAUUCCUUCUCUGCUGUUGCAUGACCUUGACUCUGGCAGCCCGCCGCUAACACAGAAGGACCUUAAACACGACAUUCACCUUCAACAAUGGCAAGACCUUGUCACUUUCGUUUACAGGAAAAUUGAAGAUAUGGAACGACAUCUGACUGAAAAGGACGAACGCAUUGACCAACUAGAAUUAAACAUCGCUAGUCAGAUGACUAAAAUUAAGCAGCUGAAACGGGGGAUGACGUCACUUGAGAAAGAAGUAUCAGAGAAAAAUGAAGUUGUCGGCAAAUUGUUGGCAAGAGUAUCAGACUUAGAGGGACUUGUGAUGUCUGAUGCCAUUACAAGUGAACGUGACACUGUUAGAUCUCAGAGGACUGAAAACGAAUCUCAAACUGACCUUGUUCAAACUUCGGACUCCAGACCUGGAUCUAGUGUUAAGAAGAUGUUUACCUCCCAACAUUUCGUUCCUAAAACCUCAAACUAUCAAAAUACUAGCACUGUGCUGCCUCAAUUUAAUGAUCUCGUGAAUAAAUCUGACGAGGAUGAAUCUGUUGUGUACACUGAUAACGGGUCCGAAGAUUUAUCGAUAGCGAAGCACUCAAGAUUCCAACAAAAACGCGUAACGCCUAAAGCUACCAUAGCUUUCCACGUAGCUUUGUCCUCGAAUAAAGAUGUCACAAUAGACGUAGUAGUAGUGUAUGAUUUGGAGACUCUGGACCAGGGGAAUGGAUACAACCCAAGGGAAGGGUUCUACACCGUCCCGGAGUCUGGAACCUACGUCCUCACCUGGACCACUAUUUGUUAUGUACACAAUGAAUUCCAGACUGUCCUUGUGGUGAAUGGGGCUGUAAGAGGGUCAUCAUGGACGGAUGCUUUAGGGGUAAACGAUUUACAUCAAACUACAGCUAUCGUCGUCCUCACACUGAAUCAGGGAGAUCGUGUCUUCAUCCGUAUGGGACAUACGCAUGGACACGGGAUAAUAUUGAGUCAAAGCGAAUUUGGACAGUCUACCUUCUCAGGAUGGAAGCUUGAGUGAGAGAUGGGGCAAAAUGACGUAAUUCAUUUGCCUAAAUGCUAAUAAAUGUG